AUGAUACAGAUAUUGAUAGUAUUUGACUGUAGUAUGUUGUCUAGGAUAUUCAACCAGACGAAUGUUUUAGUCAGAGUACCCAACACAUUCUUGAUCCUCGGUGGAAUUGUGUUUGUUCUUCAAGUUAUUGGAAUUAUUUUGACGUUUCCACCACCAAUGAUUGACUAUGAAGAUUUGGAUUUAGUAACAAAUUCGUCCAGCCGUAAAGAAGCUGACAAUAAGAAACCACUAGAGAUAAUAAAAGACCCAGGUGGAAUAUUAUUGUGGUCUGUAACAUUUCUUACUAUACUAAUAUUUUGGGGUGUUCAGUUGAUUUAUAAGAAUUUUGGUCAGACAUUUAUAUCUGAUGACCAUUUUCUAUCGGCGAUUGGAACUUCAGGAUGUGUUGUGUCGGCUGUUUAUAGAGUUAUUCUUUCACUGCUAGCAGAUAAAAUAGGGACGAAGGGUAUAGUCGGGUUUAUUUUCCCAUUAAUUAUUGGCUUAUUGAAAGAUAUAGGCUGGGAGAAUACAAUUUUUAUACUUGCUGGACUUUCUACUCUCGGAUUUGCGUGUUCGGGUUUACUCAGAUUGCCUUGGCUGCCAUUCAGAAAUAAACCACACCCUCAUCUAGACCUUAAUUCAAUGGACGACAAGAAGUAA